UCGUUCUCGAUCCAGUGUCAGCGCACUCGGUACUUCCUCACGUUCUUUUCAGUUUCCAAUUCCGAUCGCGAGCCACGCGAUUCCGUCGAGCACGGUCAGCUAACAAGCUACGCUCUAGUCCACGGCGUCGUUCACGGGGACCAAGCAGAGGCAACGACGUAGAAGCACCAGACCCAGAAGGCCGGGUUCCGUCCUUAUCUCCUCCUCGCUCUCCACUUCUCGCGCGGAGCGAGCCAUCUCGCAAGCUCUCUGCCUCCGAGAGCCCUCCGUCGAUCUGCAGUUCGCGGACCCUCGUAUCGCGAUCGCGUAUCGGGUUGCACCCGGGCAGGAAGGGCGACCCGAAGUCCGUCUCGAAUCUCGACUCCCCGCGUGCGGAGGAUUUUCACGCUAGAAAGCGGCCGUCCAGCAGGGCGAUACCAUCUUAUAUGACUUUACUUCGACAACGAGAAACAUCCAGGAUAUCAUCGAGAGGGAAAGGAUCGGAGUGUAGCAAAGGCGGCGGCGACAGUAGAACAUUAUUAUCCAGCUGGCGAUCAUCAAACGGCAACACCAUCACCACCCACGACCGUUUGUUUUCGUGCGACGAGUUAACGUCGACAUCACCAACCUGGUACCAUCGAUUGCCAGGCUUUCUUCUUAGGGCGACCAGCGACGGACAGGCAGCGUGUAUGAUCAUUGAGGACUACCCCCCUACCCCGCCCGCCACCGCCAAACCGAGGCAACACCCGAGGCAUCAAGAUACCACCCAACGAUUCCUAAAUCACCUGGUCCUGCCCAAGCACAGGACCUCAAAAUUUUCCAGUAAUAGGCAUCGGAAGCUACAGCCAUUCAGAGAAACGUGACUGGCGUCAGCGGGUAGCGGCGCGGCACGCCUUACCGC